GGCGGGAUGGGGAGGAUGAUGUUAUAAUUCAACGUUAGAUCAAGUUUGAUCAACGUCCCCCUGCUGGCCCAAUUGGAUGAUCCUUAUUCACAAUAAGAUCCGCUUCUCGCUCCACCACCAUCUUUGAGAUAAGUCUUUGCCUUUUCCCCUCUCAACGGCAUAAGAUUCGCUUUGCUGCAGUUCCGCUCGCACCUCAACGUACCUGUAGUAUAUCACUGGUAGUACACAGUGAGAGCUGCUUACACGUCUGGCGGAUUUUCUGUGCGCAUAGGCUUGUGUACAUGGUUUUCCUAUAUCAGAUUCGUUUGAGGAGUUAAAUUCAGAGGCCGGAGAAAAUGAGGCAUCGCGUAAUAGCCAUUGUCCUUUUUUUGUUGUGGCUUUUUGGGAAAUCGCAUGGAGCGUUUCCAAACCAGAUAAAUAUAGGUGGUCUCUUUAUGCGCUCUACAGUGCAGGAGCACAGCGCUUUCAGAUUCGCUGUCCAGCUGUAUAAUACCAAUCAAAAUGUGACGGAAAAACCUUUCCAUCUCAAUUACAAUGUAGACAAUCUCGAAUCCUCGAACAGCUUCUCCGUCACACAUGCUUUCUGCUCCCAGUUCUCCAGAGGAGUGUACGCCAUCUUCGGCUUCUACGACCAGAAGUCCAUGAACACGCUGACCUCAUUCUGUGGGGCUCUGCACACCUCCUUCAUCACACCCAGCUUCCCCGCCGAUGCCGACGUGCAGUUUGUCAUCCAGAUGAGGCCUCCUCUUCGGGGAGCUGUCCUCAGCCUGCUGGCCCACUACAAGUGGGAGAAGUUUGUCUACCUCUAUGACACCGAGAGGGGUUUCUCUAUCCUCCAGGCCAUCAUGGAGUCAGCGGUGGCCAAUAACUGGCAGGUUACGGCCCGGUCGGUGGGCAGCAUAGUGGACCCUACAGAGUACAAACGCAUCAUAGAGGAGAUGGACCGUAGGCAGGAGAAACGCUUCCUCAUCGACUGUGAAGUGGGAAGAAUCAAUGCCAUCCUGGACCAGGUAGUAACCCUGGGGAAGAACAGCAGAGGCUACCACUACAUCCUGGCUAACCUGGUUUCACUGCAGGGCUUCGCUAACAUGACCCUGGACAAGGUGUUUGCUGGAGGAGCCAAUAUAACAGGCUUCCAGAUCAUCAACCCAGAGAACCCAAUUGUCAUACAAUUCCUCCAGCGCUGGGAACGCCUAGACGAGAGGGAGUUUCCUGAGGCUAAGGGCACUCCACUGAAGUACACGUCAGCGCUGACCCAUGAUGCCGUGCUGGUCCUGGCAGAGGCCUUCCGGUACCUGCGGAGGCAGAGGGUGGACGUGUCCCGGAGGGGGAGCGCUGGGGACUGCCUGGCCAACCCAGCCGUACCUUGGAGCCAAGGCAUUGACAUAGAGAGAGCACUAAAAAUGGUCCAGGUACAAGGUAUGACAGGGAAUAUCCAGUUUGACUCGUUCGGUCGGAGAGCCAACUACAGCGUGGAUGUGUAUGAGAUGAAACUAGGGGGGCCCAAGAAGACCGGGUACUGGAAUGAAUACGAAAAAUAUGUAUUUAUUGUGGAUGCGCAGGUCACCAACGAGUCCUCUUCUGUGGAAAACCGAACGAUUGUGGUCACUACUAUUAUGGAGUCUCCUUAUGUGAUGUACAAGCGAAACUACUUGUCGCUGGAGGGGAAUGACAGAUAUGAAGGCUACUGUGUCGAUUUAGCUGCUGAAAUUGCAAAACAUGUGGGGAUAAGAUACAAACUGUCAGUAGUUGCGGACGGGAAGUAUGGUGCAAGGGAUCCAGAGACCAAGACGUGGAACGGGAUGGUGGGUGAACUGGUAUAUGGGAGAGCCGAUAUAGCAGUGGCUCCUCUAACUAUAACAUUGGUACGAGAGGAGGUGAUAGACUUCUCUAAGCCUUUUAUGAGCCUGGGGAUCUCCAUUAUGAUAAAGAAGCCUCAAAAGUCAAAGCCGGGCGUGUUCUCCUUCCUGGACCCGCUGGCCUAUGAGAUCUGGAUGUGUAUAGUGUUUGCCUAUAUCGGCGUGAGCGUGGUGCUCUUCCUGGUCAGCCGCUUCAGCCCCUAUGAGUGGCAUCUGGACGAAAACGACGAGGCCAAAGACCCCCAGAGCCCUCCAGACCCACCAAACGACUUUGGGAUUUUUAAUAGCCUGUGGUUCUCCCUGGGCGCCUUCAUGCAGCAAGGAUGCGAUAUCUCGCCAAGGUCUCUGUCGGGCAGAAUCGUGGGGGGUGUUUGGUGGUUCUUUACCCUCAUCAUCAUCUCCUCCUACACGGCCAACCUGGCUGCCUUCCUCACAGUGGAGAGGAUGGUGUCUCCCAUAGAGAGUGCUGAGGACCUGGCCAAGCAGACAGAGAUUGCCUACGGGACCCUAGACUCAGGCUCCACUAAGGAGUUCUUUAGGCGCUCCAAAAUAGCAGUUUAUGAAAAAAUGUGGUCUUACAUGAAAUCAGCUGAACCGUCAGUGUUCGCCAAGACGACACCAGAAGGGGUUGCCCGGGUGCGAAAGUCGAAGGGCAAAUUCGCCUUUCUUCUUGAAUCCACAAUGAACGAGUACAUUGAGCAGCGGAAACCUUGUGACACCAUGAAAGUGGGCGGCAACCUGGACUCUAAGGGAUACGGUGUGGCCACACCUAAAGGCUCAGCAUUAAGAAAUGCUGUUAACCUGGCAGUGUUAAAACUGAAUGAGCAAGGCCUCUUGGACAAAUUGAAAAACAAAUGGUGGUACGACAAGGGAGAGUGCGGCAGCGGGGGAGGUGACUCCAAGAACUCCUGUAAACCUUGCCGUAUUGAAACUCAGUGAACAAGGCAUCUUAGACAAGCUGAAAAACAAAUGGUGGUACGAUAAGGGUGAAUGUGGAACCAAGGACUCUGGAAGUAAGGUCAGUCGCUGCAGGUCUUUUUACACGGCAUUUUGACCUAACUGUUCAUAUGCAAAUACGUAAACACCAUACAUUUUCAAAACCACAUAUUUUUUCUUCCAUUUUUUUAAAAUUUUUGUUUUCCUUUUCAUAGAAUGCAAGUGAAAACAGUCUAAAGAAUAUCCAUCCCACAGUUUGCCUUACACAUACUUCAUUAUCCACAAUACCGUCGACAUUAUUGGUGUUUACAUUACUAUUAUAAUGAUGAUAAUGAUUAUUCCUAAGAUCUCAUCACAUAGUUUAGACAUACAGUAUGUAUUGGUAGUUGAAAAGGUGCAGCAUGCCUUGGAUAAAUGUAAGAUUCCAUGUGUAUUCAUACUUACCAUAGACAAAUGACAACCGUUGAAUUGUAACCAUUAUGCUGCAGUUUUGUUAACCAAACUUUUAUUGAAACAUUGUUUAUUAGUGUCCUUACUUAUUUGUCCUUACUUAUUUGUCCUUACUUAUUUGCGUGCUAAUUGAAUAUAUUGAAUCUAUUAACAUUAUGCAGUUUGACUUCAAGCUUCCUUACUCUGACAAACUACAAACUAACUUUCAAACUCCAGAUGGUCAUCCAGUGGUCAGAUGGAAUCUGAAGGUCAUGUUUGAACUGUGGAAUGUCACAAUAAGGAGAUUUUGUUUGCACACUUCAUGAAGUUUAAGGAUCUAAUAUAAACCAGUUAUUUAACCCUCUGAGACAGUCAUCGGACAGGACGUACUGGCCCUGUAGCCAACAUCAGGGCUCCCCUAUGAUAGUCUACAAAACACACUUUAAAGGACACACUAAUAGGGUUAAAAUGCAAAUGGUAAAACUCUUAUAAAUGAAUUUCAAUAUCUAAGUUUGGAUGUUAGUAGCAGAAAAAUGGUUCAAUUCACAAUUCCUAUAGCUUGCCACUUUGAUUGAAAUUGUGAGAUACAGUCAGAUAAUGGUACGUUUGAAAAACUACAGUAUCAAAGUGAAGUCAGGGCCUAUCAACAGUUUUUCGACCUGUACGAUAUUGACCACCUUCCUUUAGGGUGGCCUCGUUAAUGAGCUACAGAGUAGGGUAUAAGGAACCUUUUUCUCAACAUUCACCAAUCCAGCUAUGUUAUAAACUACCUGCAGAGUUGAACCACCUCUCCUGCUAUUGUUGAUGAUUGACUGACCUACCAGACAGUCCCAAGUUGCUCCCAGCUUUCCACUGUUGUAGGGAAGUCAUUCAGCAGGUCAGCCUCUGCCGUUUAUCUCAGUACUACCCCACAGUAGGCAUGUCUCCAUGGGAUUCACUGCCUACACAGUUGAUAGAGCCAGACAGAGUUGUUAGGGUAAUCCAUUAGAUCACUAGGCUGUGUUUACACAGGCAGCCCCAUUCUUAUAUUUUUUUCCAAUCACACCAGAGAUUUUCACGUCAGCUCUUUUUCAGCUCUGAUCUGAUUGUUCGAAAGGCCAAUUAGUGAAACGAUCAGAAUUGGGCUACCUGUGUAAACACAGACUAAUAGCGGGGGUGCCGUUUACAUUAGAGCUGGAUUUGAGUCAGAAGCCUCUUUGGGAGAUUUUGCCUGUCUUGUUAGAUCAGGUCACAACCAAAAUGUCUGUAAAAAAUUCUUAACAUUGUUCUUUACCUUCCCCAGGACAAGACAAGUGCUCUAAGCCUGAGCAAUGUGGCGGGAGUCUUCUAUAUUCUGGUUGGAGGGCUAGGGCUGGCUAUGACCGUGGCUUUGAUAGAGUUCUGUUAUAAGUCACGGGCAGAAACCAAAAGACUGAAACUGGCUAAGAAUGCCCAAAACUUUAAACCAGCUCCUCCGGCGAACACCCAGAAUUUUGCCACGUACCGAGAAGGCUAUAAUGUGUA